GAAAAACAAUUUUUAAAGAUAUAUAGAAUGUUCAAAAUGUUCUCAAAUUUUACUAACGUAUUCUUUUUUCUUGGAAUUGCAAUUAUUGCUGGGGGAGCUGAAUACAAAAUAACGGAUCAAGUAUAUUUUGAUAUUAAUAUUGAAAACGAGUAUUUGGGGAGAAUUAUUUUGGGAUUAUUUGGUGAAGUUGCCCCGAAAACUUGUAAAAAUUUCAAAGAAAUUGUACAACAUGGUAUAAAUGGUAAAAGUUAUAUAGGAACUAGAUUCCAUACAGCGAUUUCCAGGGUAAUGAUUCAAGGGGGUGAUAUAAUAAAUGAUGAUGGUACUGGUUCUAUAAGUAUUUAUGGUGAUUAUUUCGAAGAUGAAAAUUUCACGAUUAAACAUGAGUCAGCAGGAUUGCUUGCAAUGGCCAAUGAGGGUCCUAAUACAAAUGGUUGUCAGUUUUUGAUAACAACAAUGGCGUGUCCUUGGUUAGACGGAAAAAACGUUAUAUUUGGCAAGGUGCUUAAAGGGGCGGCCGUGGUUCAUACAAUCGAGCAUUUGAAAACCGAUAUUAACGAAAAGAUUUUAAAACACGUUUUCAUAUCCAACUCGGGGGUUAUUGAGACUGAACCGUUUUACGAAGAAUCUAAGAACUACGAGUUAACAUUUUGGUCUUGGAUAAAAGCUGGUUGGUUACCGUUGGGUUUCUCUUUUGCUACUUUGGCAUUUUUCCAAUUCAUCAUGGCGCAGUUGGAUAAAUACGAAAUAACAAAGUCAUAAUUCAAUAUGUAUUUGUUUAUUUGAAACAUUGUUUGUUGAAUUUAGAAUAUAUCUUAUAUUAUAUAUAUUGUUUGUUAUAAAUAUAUUAAUAACCUAAAUGAA